AUGAACAACACAGAGGAGUUAUUGGCCAACUGGAUCCGGCCUGGAGGGACUGUUAAUGAAAGGUUAAUUAGUGGAAGUGGAAAUGCUGAUCCUACAAGGAAUAGUUCCAGUAAGCAACCACUCCAAAUGUUUGCUAAUGAUGAUGUGGAUAUCGAUGAACAGAUUCUUCGGCUUAGUUCAGUUCCAGAAACAUAUGGAAGGAUAGCGGCUAAGCAAACCCUUGGAGUAUUAGACGAGAUGGAAAGAAAUGCCAAAGGUCAAGCUCUGGAAAGUAAGCAACGAGAAGCUAGAUUGACGGAAUUGACGUUUCAGCUUCGUAAAAUUCAAGGAGAAUCUGAAAUGUUAAGAGAACGAGAAUCUCAUUUGGUAGAUGAGAAUAAUUCUUUAAAAAGACAACUUGUUUCCUUAGAGCGUCAAUUGAGAGACGGAUAUCCAAAACAAACUGCUCGAUUAUUAGAAGAGAAUGGUUUAUUACGUGAGAAGUUGAGCAAGUAUAAGAAUCUUUAUGAAAAGGGUUUAAAGCAAGAGUCUAACGCAGAGUUGAUAAUAAGUAAUAAGGGUGCUGACCGCUCAGCUACUAUGGAGGAACUUUAUUUCAAAAUAGAGGAAAUGUUUAGACGACCUUCAUCGAUACAAAAACCGUCCCCCCCACCACUACCACAAGAAAAUUCAAUUGAAGUUGAAAGAUCCAACCAUAAUGAAGGAAGGAAAUCAGAGGCAGAUUUUAAACAAUUAUUCACUGAUAUCUUACAUCGAAUGGAAGUUACCGAUUCAAACAAGAAGGAAAAUCAUGAGGAGAAAAAGAAUGUUGAUACCGAAAAAGUUGCACUUGAACAACUUAUCAAACGACUUAUUCAAGAGGAGAUUACCGGUUUAAAAAAGAACAAUCGCAUAAGGCCUAGAUCAGCCCCUACAACAACGUCUAAAAUCAUUGAAACAGAAGAAGAAUUUGAAGAUGCAGUUGAGGAAGAUAAAAGCCACAAAAUCAGUGGAGAGGAGCAUCGAAUGAAUAGUCUCAAUCAACAGUUACUGGAAGCUGUAUUGAAAGCAUUGCGAGAAAACCGUGAACUCAAUGCCCAAGUUUUGACCCAUUUAAAGAACCCUGGUAACGAACAAAUCCAACUUGAGAUAGGUAAAAAUACAUCAUUCUUUGAACCUCAACCUCAAUGUGGUCAAUGUUCUGAAGUUGAUGAAAAUCAACAAAAAAAUAAGAGUGUGGGUAAAGAUAAAGUUGAACCCGAGAACACGCUAAAUCUAAUGGGCGAGUACAAAUGGACAAUUUAG